AUGCGGGGGAAGAAAGGGAGAAUACGUGUGUGCGUGAAGGAGCAGUUCUGUUUUUGGUGGGGUCUGCGUGAGGUGCAGCUUUUUAUUAAAGUCGAAAUGGGAGCUUUACAUUAUGUGUGUGUUCUGGCUUGCACUGUUUUCGUUUCUCAAGCAAAUGGACUCAAAACUUACCGGGACAUGUUCCCUCACAAGCAUUCAUUGUCGAUGAAGUUCCCGCCGAUCCCUGGUUGGAGCCCAGACAGCAACCCGUGGGAUGACUAUAUCUACCCGCCCUUUGGUCCCAAGGAACUAACGCGGAGAAAAGGUAAGCCCGUCAAAGUGCGCCUGACCAGCGACAGUCCAGCAAUCAAAGGUUCUGUGGUGUCAUUCACUGCCAAGCUGGAGUACCCGCCAUGUCAGAAGGAGGACACCAACGGGGAGCUGGUGUGGGAUGAGCACUGUCCAGAUGCUAACAGUCAGCUUAAGUCUGGCUAUGUAUUUAACUGGACCUCCUGGCUAGAUGACUACGGCUUUGGAAAGUGUACUGACCUGAAGAGAUGUAACGUCUUCCCAGAUGGGAAACCCUUCCCUCAGAGCAACGACUGGAGACACAAGGGCUACGUCUACGUAUGGCACUCCAUGGGUCAGUACUCUGAGACGUGUGAUGGCUCCUCUUCCACCCUAACAGUGAACACCAGUGACAUAAUUUUGGGGGCGGAGCUGAUGGAGGUCAUGGUGUACAGGAAACGCGAGCGCAGGAAGUACAGCCCCCUGGCCACCGACAAGGCAGUCUUCUUUGUCACAGACAAGAUCCCAGUGGCUGUGAAUAUUUCCCAGAAGGCAUCAGCCAACCUGUCGGACAGCGUAUUUGUGCGUGGCGAGGAAGUUGUGUUCAGUGUGUCCGUUCACGACCCUAGUGACUACCUGAAGACCGCAGACGCCGUCGACUACAUCUGGGACUUCAAGGACGGCAACCAGCUGGUCACCCAUAGCAACGUAGCCACUCACUCCUACAGUGCGGUAGGAGAUGUCAACGUGAAGCUGAGGGUGGAGGCGGCGUUCAAGAUCCCAUGUCCUCCGCCCACGCAAACUACAGCGGCCCACACACCUCCCCCUGGCACUCAUGCCAUCACUCGCAAAAUGGAGACAACCCAUGGUUUUGUGCCAGUCACCACUGCCAGACCCGCCUCCAACACACCUGUUCCUAUGACUACAGGCUUCCCGACAACAGAGCCCCUCCCCCCGACGGUUGCUGACGUAACCUUGGCGCUGUUCAACCCGAUACAACUUUUUGCACAGUUCUUGCUAGCUGGCCCCACCCCCAUGUCCCUGCCCACUGGCCCUACUCCAAUGUCCCUGCCGGCUGGCCCCACCCCCAUGGCCCAGCUCCGCUACGCACAUCUGGCAGGCAAUGAUUGCUUCCGGUACUUCUACGGAACCUUCCAGACCAACAUCACCAUUAUUGAACCCAAGCACUUCAUCAACAGCCAGCCAGCCAAUCGGAUCCUGGACGUGUUUGCUGCCAAGGUCACCAACACUGACAUAAGCUUCCUGGUCAAGUGCCUGGGCAGCACUCCCACCUCAGCCUGCACCAUCGUCUCGGACCCCUCUUGCCAGCAGGUGAGGAACAUCGUGUGUGAUGACGUGCCCCCAUCGUCGGAGUGCGAGGUGCGCCUGCGGAGGACCUUCCUGGAGCCAGGGACCUACUGUGUCAACAUCACCCUGGAGGACGCCAGCAGUCUGGCCCUAACCAUCACCACCACCAUCACCAUAAGCAACACUGACCCUGACACACCCGAGUCUAAAGCUCCUCAUGCUGCAGAGGUUGUCCUCUCCUCCAGUGCUAUUCUGGUAGCCAUCUUUGCCUUCACUGCCUUCAUGGUCUACAAGCGCUAUAAAGUCUACAAGCGGGUGAGGAGGUCCCUGGUGGAGGACGCCAGUGGCCAUGUUGGUGUUGGGGGUCGUAUGGGCCGGCUGAGGGAGGUAAUAUUCCCCACCAACGAGGAGAGUCGCCGCCUGCUGUCGGACAGACACCCCAUGUAGACCCAUCGAUGGUACUACAGCCACAGGCUGCAAAUUUGAAAAUGUGAAACAUUUUGAAAGGUGCAGAUAGAAAUAACUGGAUUCGCUUUCGUACCUGACAGACAAGCAUAUCUGUUCUACACAAUACAUUUCUAUCUCAAUGUUCUGCAACUUUAUAUAAUCCUUAACAGGCCCCAGGAUUUUUACUCAGAGGUUCUUCAGUACCAAGUUUAAUUUUAGCACGUUCAUAAAUGCAUCACAAAGAAGAUAUCUAUACCAAUAACUAAGAGAACUAACAACUGUUAAUAAGAUAGCAAGAGGAACAUUUAACUUUUGAUAUGAAAAUACUCGUGCCUUUUCUGUUUAGUUGACUUUGUUGUAGAAAAGUAUGUCUAUAGGAAGUCUACACCCACCCUUCACAUUUUGUGUUACAAAGUGGGAUUAAAAUGGAUUUCAUUGUAAUUGUCAACAGCCUACACAAAGGGUAUAUAUUUUAAAGAUCAAUGAAAAAUAAAACACUAACAUACCUUGAUUGGAUAAGUAUUCACCCCGAGUCAAUACAUGUUAGAAUCACCUGUAGCGGUGAUUACAGCUUUGCACACCUGUAGUGCAAUAUUUUCCCAUAAAAAAAAUAUUCAAGCUCUGUCAAGGUGUUGAGGAUCAGGGCUAGACAGCCAUAGUUGUUCAAGCUCUGUGAAGGUGUUGAGGAUCAGGGCUAGACAGCCAUAGUUGUUCAAGCUCUGUGAAGGUGUUGAGGAUCAGGGCUAGACAGCCAUAGUUGUUCAAGCUCUGUGAAGGUGUUGAGGAUCAGGGCUAGACAGCCAUAGUUGUUCAAGCUCUGUGAAGGUGUUGAGGAUCAGGGCUAGACAGCCAUAGUUGUUCAAGCUCUGUGAAGGUGUUGAGGAUCAGGGAUAGACAGCCAUAGUUGUUCAAGCUCUGUGGGGGUGUUGAGGAUCAGGGAUAGACAGCCAUAGUUGUUCAAGCUCUGUGGGGGUGUUGAGGAUCAGGGAUAGACAGCCAUAGUUGUUCAAGCUCUGUGGGGGUGUUGAGGAUCAGGGAUAGACAGCCAUAGUUGUUCAAGCUCUGUGGGGGUGUUGAGGAUCAGGGCUAGACAGCCAUAGUUGUUCAAGCUCUGUGAAGGUGUUGAGGAUCAGGGCUAGACAGCCAUAGUUGUUCAAGCUCUGAAGGUGUUGAGGAUCAGGGCUAGACAGCCAUAGUUGUUCAAGCUCUGUGAAGGUGUUGAGGAUCAGGGAUAGGCAGCCAUAGUUGUUCAAGCAGAUAAGUGUAACUUGAUAGCUCAGGAACAUUCACCGUCUUCUUGGUAACUCCAGUGGACAUUUGGGCUUAAUGUCCUGCUGAAAGGUUAGUUAAUUGUCCAGUGUCUGGUAGAAAGCAGACUGAAGCAGGUUUUCCUCUAGGAUUUUGCCUGUGCUUAGCUCCAUCCCAUUUCUUUUCACGGAAUUUGCCAAUGUCAAGCAGACCCAUUACAUGAUGCAGCCACCAUGCUUAAAAAUGAGUGAUGUGUUUGCUCCAAACAUAAGGCUUCGCAUUUAGGCCAAAAAGUGUAUUUUAUUGUUUUGUUGCAUACAGGAUGCAUGUUUAAGAAUAUUUGUGUUCUUUACACUGGUCUUACACAGUGCAUUAAACUAUUCAGACCCCUUGA